AUGAUUGGUAGCGGAUGUUUUCUGUUACUUGAAAGUGGCAUUUCUUCUUCAGAGUCAUUAUUUGUUAGCGAUCGCUUCAAUCUGUCCGAAGAUUGUGAUGCCAAAAUUUUAUCAAUUGGUUUAGGAGGUGGAACAGUUACUAGCUUCCUGCAUCAAAUAUUUCCUCGGAUGAAUAUAACCGUUGUGGAGAUCAGCGGACAAGUGCUGAACGCAGCUAGAAAGUGGUUUGGCCUUUUAGAAGAUGAUCACCAACGAGUCAUCCUGACUGAUGGAAUUACUUUUCUAGCUGAUAGGGCUAAGAAAGGAGCUUCUUACAACGCAAUACUGCUGGAUGCAUGUUUGCCACACUUUGCAAGUGAUUUGGUUUGCCCUUACAAAUCAUUUACCGACGAAGAUGUUUUGAAAAAUAUUGCGACUUUGCUGUCCAAACAAGUCUGUGACGGACACGGGAUCUCCUUGACCGAUCGGCCUGAUAAAGACGGAUUGCUCAAGAUUAACAGAAUGUGGCUAUUUUUGCCUUCUUUCCCGCAACCCUAUCCAGUCCGACCAUCGGACCAUUAA